CUUAUUUUCUCUAUAAUAAAAAAUUUAAAUUAUCAUUAAAAAAACACCAUUCUUAUAAUUUCUUGUUCAAUUCAAAGGUUAAAUUUUUUCAUCCAAACACAGUAGCAAUGCCAAACUGGGAGCUUAAGAACUGUUGUGAUCAUGACCAGAAGCUCUUCAUUGCUUUUGUUGGUGUCUACACCGUUGUAAUCCUCCUGCUGUGGAGGACUUUUCUGCUUACACCUUUUAAGCUCAUCACUGUGUUUCUUCACGAAGCGAGUCAUGCGAUUGCCUGUUUGCUCACUUGUGGCAAGGUGGAGGGAAUCCAGGUUCAUGCAAACGAGGGUGGGGUAACACAGACGCGUGGUGGCAUAUACUGGGUGAUCUUGCCUGCUGGAUAUCUUGGUUCAUCAUUUUGGGGAAUGGCUUUGAUCCUUGCUUCCACAAAUAUUCUCACUGCAAGGAUUGCUGCUGGUUGCUUUCUUGCUGCUCUGGUUGUUGUGCUCUUUGUUGCUAAAAACUGGACACUCCGAGGACUCUGUAUUGGAUUUAUUAUUUUUAUUGCUGUGGUUUGGCUUCUGCAAGAGAAAACAAAAGUUCAUAUUCUUCGCUACGUCAUUCUCUUCAUUGGUGUGAUGAACAGUUUGUUUUCGGUUUAUGAUAUUUAUGAUGAUUUAAUAUCGCGAAGAGUCAAUUCUAGUGAUGCUGAGAAGUUUGCAGAAGUCUGCCCGUGCCCUUGUAAUGGUUUUGGGUGGGGGGUUAUUUGGGGGAUGAUAUCUUUCGCAUUUCUUUGCGCAUCUUUGUACCUUGGACUAGUCAUAUUAUCAUGAGAUAACCAUUCAGUGUAAAGAAUGUAAAGACCUUGACGAUUGUUGUCUGAAAAAUUGAGAAAUUUGUAUCCAAGCUGUUUGGUGCUGGCAAGUGGCAAGUGAUUGACUCUUUCUAUUUUGAUGCUUUGUAUAUUGAUUUUUUUGUUCGAGUCUAGACAGACAUUUUUUUAAGUGCUGGGAGUUUGCUCUCUUUAUGUGACUCCCGUGGCAUCAUUAUUUGCAACCUGUAUUUUGGGUUGCAUGGAUGUGAUUGCUGUUGUAUAGAAAACUUCUCAUGAAUCGAAUUAUUGACGCUGAUUUAUACUUAGUGAAAUACAACUGAGUACUUUAAGAUUUUGUUUCA